CCGCACGAAGUCAGUAAACAACUGUUUUUGAAUUUUCAUACACCAAAGAGAAAAGGGGCAAAGGAAAAUGAGAAGGCGCCCCCGUCUGGCCUCUGUGUGUCGUUUUCCCUCUGCAAUUUCCAUCCACGUCUAAUCUCUCCUCUCGCUGGCCACCUCUUCUUUUCUGUUUCACUCCUCCUUGGUAUGGCCUGCAGAUAAUACGGCGACGGGCAUUCUUCUCCCUCGCCUCCCCAUCAAAAUCCCCUUGGUCAGAACGACGCGACCCUUCUCCUCAUCCUGAGAUAAGUGAGCGCAAUGCCUCCCGAUUGGUUGCGCCUUCUUCGGAUGUCUGAUGUUCUUCUUCUCUUGUCAAGUUCGUCGUAGUCAUCUUGUGGGGCUUUUUCCUCCUUUUGGUGGGUAUGUGGAGGUUUUUGGUGAUGGGUUUUGUGCUUUUUCGGAGUUUGGUUGAAUUUUUUUAAUCUUAUAAGCAUUUGGUCUUUCUGGGUACGAUGGUUUUUUAUGGGAAUGUGGAUUGAAGGAUGAAUUAGCAUCUGGGUUUGUUUGGGUGAGUAAAAAAUGGAUAUGUUGGUAGUUGCAGCAGCAGCAGGGGCUGGUUGUCUGGCCAAGUAUUGGCAGGAUGUGCUCGGCGACAGAGGAAUAAGAUCUGGAGCUUCCGGCGAUGCCUUUGCUCAAUCCGGCGGCAAUUCAGGCAUUAAUGGUUCGGGAUUCUCGUCGUCAACGAAUGAAGGGCACAGUCAGAAGAGGGUGGUUAGUUCUGAAGAGAACUCCCUAUUAAGUAGGCGAACUCAGAGACGGUUUGGUGAUCCUAGCGGAGAACCAGAAUCAUUGGCCAGUUUAGACGUCCACCAACAUGUAGGGACACUAAGUUGGCUUCCCGAUUUAGAGAAAGGAGGCGAUUGCAGGAACCGUGUUGGCAGUGGAGAUGGUAGUGAUCAUGUCUCACAAGAGUUCGCAUCAACGAGUGGAUUGAAUAUCGAGCCAUUGAUGACAAGGGUGAGGCGUGAAGGGUAUGGCAGCUCUCACUUACCAGGUUCACAGUCAAAGGAUGGAGACGGAUGUGAAGAACUGAAUGAUGGCCACAAUGCACUCGACAAAUCAGGCAGAUAUGGUCCAGAUCUUGAUGAGACGGAAAAUGUGCUGUCCAACGAGUUCUCACCUAGAAUAUCUGAUGGACGACAUAGAUUCUGUAGGAAUAGAAGUUUACUCCAGAGGAGAUGGUCUCAUGGAUAUUCUAUGAAGCCAAUGACAGCCCUUGAGAGUUGUCUGGUUGCUCAAUUGUAUAGGGAACCUGUUGAAAUGGAAGAAUAUGUCUUCAGCUCACCACGUUCGCCAUCUGCGGGAGUUUUACGACCCUUUAUUGUAACCAAGGAUAAUCAAAUUUUCAGUAGCACAGCAGAAAAUGAUCAGCAGCAUCUACGUCUCCCUAGUGGUCUAUGUGCAGAUCGGUUAGGGUAUGGUUCUGAAUUGCUGGAUAAUGGCCAUACUUUGACUGGAAUUCCGCCUCUUCCGGCUGCAGGGUCAAAGGAUUCACAAAGAAAAGAAAAGCAACAGAGGAAGAAGGUUCUCCAUGGAGAAGUGAAUGCUUCAAGUGCUACGCAUUCUAAAAAGGAUUUACGUUCACAAGGGUCAAUUGAUGCAGUUCUUCUCUUUUGUUUUGGAAUUGGUGUUGGUGUGAUGUCAACAAUUUUAUCAAGCAAGCGUGAAGUGAAUAAGCUGAAUGAGUUGCUAAAGCAAACAGAAAACUUGGUUCAGGAUUUGCAAGAGGAGCUUGAAAUGAAAGACUCGUUAACCGUAAAAGAGUUGGCUAGUGAACCAUGCAUAUCCCCUGAAAGAACUUCUCGCAAGUGUAGUAUCAAAAAAGCUACAAAGUCUUCCACAAGCAAGGAACCAGAUGAAUGUUGUGAUCACAUUGAAGACGAGAUAGAUAUGCCAAAGACGGCUGAUUCCGAGUCUAUGAGUAAAAUUGAGGCAGAACUUGAAGCAGAACUGGAGAGACUUGAACUGAAUAUGUCAGGUUUUGGUCAUAAAAGAAGGCUCUCUGGUCUCAGUGAGCUUGAUCCAGAUUGCAUGGUAGAUAUUGUUCAAGGAGAGCUCCGGGCAGAUGUAGUCGCAGGAGAACGUAGCUCAGAGGAGUCAAAUCUUGACGCAUCAAGCUCGACUUCCACACCCAUGCAUAGAUCUGACUAUGCAGUUUCUCCUAGAGAGCUCAGCCUCCGACUUCACCAAGUCAUUCAAUCAAGACUUGAGGAACGGAUCGCAGAACUGGAAACUGCACUGCAACACAGCCAGAAACGGCUAGAUGCUGUAGAAAACCAGGAGAGCAGAUCUCUACAAUUACAGGCAGGGUUCUCAAGCAGUGAUAUCUCGCCCACGCCUUUCGAGAGCCCCACAAUAUGGACCUACCAGGCACAAGAGCGGCUGGAUUUUGCAGCUUCGAGCACCAAAUCGGCGACAGAUGAAGAAGACCACAACAGUUCUGUCCGGCCUCUCCGCCUGAAUCUGUCCGGAGAUGCUCUCGACGCUUAUAAUGAUGCUUUCGAUGAAUUCAUAAAGAUGGCAGAAUCGGAGAGACAAGGCACACAAAUGAGAGAUGCUGUCUUGCAGGAAGCCCCAAAUCUGAACGGGUUGACAGACCUCCAUGAAAGUUGGCCAGACGUGGAAGAACAAGACGAGGAAGAUAGCAAGCUGCUAAUCAAGCAUAUAUUGGAAAAGAACAAGGGCAAGCUCUCAGCAAAAGAAGCCCGAAAGAUGCUCCUCUCAUUUGAAGACAUGUCAUCGGAAUAGCAAUUUUGUAUUAGAAGGGAAUGAACAGCAAAGAAAGAGAAAACAUUAAUGAGAAAGUUCUUGCAUCAAUUUUUUGUUUAA